GUGUCGUCAUUAGGUCUCUUAAAAACUAGAACAAGGGCGGGCGCUUCCUAGUAGCUAGGUUGGAGGCGGGUGUUUACGUUGGAAAGUGACCGCGGCCCGACCUUAAAGGGAAGGAAGCAGAGGAGGGCCUCAGCCCUUUAAAGCGAGGCGCGGUGGAACCUGCCCCUUUAAGGGCGGGGCGUCCCGACGGCUGAAUCUGAGACCCAGAUUACCCGGAGUUUCCGUCGCAGGUUGAGAGUAAAGAAGCUCCUUGGCUGGGUCCGGGUGCUUGGCGGCGGUGGCUUCAUCCCCGCUUGUCCUCCCCGGGCCCGGAGAGACCCCUACCCCAGUCAUGCUGAGCAGAGUAUGGAAGCAGCUGACUACGAGGUGCUAUCCGUACGAGAGCAACUAUUUCACGAACGAGUCCGCGAGUGUAUUAUCUCAACUCUUCUGUUUGCGACACUCUACAUCCUCUGCCACAUCGCCCUGACUCACUUCAAGAAGCCUACUGAGUUCACAACAGUGGAUGAUGAAGAUGCUACAGUCAACAAGAUUGUGCUCGAGUUGUGCACCUUUACCCUGGCAGUGGCCCUGGGUGCUGUCCUGCUCCUGCCCUUCUCCAUCCUUAGCAACGAGGUACUACUAUCUCUGCCUCGGAACUACUACAUCCAGUGGCUCAAUGGCUCCCUCAUCCAUGGCCUCUGGAACCUUGUUUUUCUCUUCUCCAACCUGUCCCUCAUCUUCCUCAUGCCAUUUGCAUACUUCUUCACAGAGUCUGAGGGCUUUGCUGGCUCCAGAAAGGGUGUACUGGGCCGGGUCUAUGAGACGGUGGUGAUGUUGGUGCUCCUCACUCUGCUGGUGCUGGGCAUGGUGUGGGUGGCAUCAGCCAUUGUGGACAAUAAGGCCAGCAGGGAGUCACUCUAUGACUUAUGGGAGUACUAUCUCCCCUACCUCUACUCCUGCAUCUCCUUCCUUGGAGUCCUGCUGCUCCUGGUGUGUACUCCACUCGGUCUCGCCCGCAUGUUCUCAGUUACUGGGCAGCUGCUGGUCAAGCCCCGGCUUUUGGAAGACCUGGAGGAGCAGUUGUACUGCUCAGCAUUUGAAGAGGCAGCUCUCACCCGCAGGAUCUGCAACCCCACCUCCUGCUGGCUGCCUUUGGACAUGGAGCUGUUGCAUAGACAGGUCCUGGCUCUGCAGACACAGAGGGUCUUGCUGGAGAAGCGCCAGAAAGCUUCAGCCUGGCAGCGGAACCUGGGUUAUCCCUUGGCCAUGCUGUGUUUGCUGGUGCUGACGGGCCUGUCUGUGCUCAUUGUGGCCAUCCACAUCCUGGAGCUGCUCAUCGAUGAGGCUGCCAUGCCCCGGGGCAUGCAGGAUCCCUCUCUGGGCCAGGUCUCCUUCUCCAAGCUGGGCUCCUUCGGUGCUGUCAUUCAGGUCAUACUCAUCUUUUAUCUGAUGGUGUCCUCAGUCGUGGGCUUCUACAGCUCUCCACUCUUCCGGGGCCUUCGGCCCAGAUGGCGUGACACGGCCAUGACGCAGAUCAUUGGAAACUGUGUCUGCCUCCUGGUCCUAAGCUCAGCACUUCCUGUUUUCUCUCGAACCCUGGGGCUUACUCGCUUUGACCUGCUGGGUGACUUUGGACGCUUCAACUGGCUGGGCAGUUUCUACAUCGUAUUCCUCUACAAUACAGCCUUCGCAGGCCUUACCACGCUCUGUCUGGUGAAGACCUUCACCGCAGCUGUGCGGGCAGAGUUGAUUCAGGCCUUUGGGCUGGACAGACUGCCGCUGCCUGUCUCCGGUUUCCCCCGGGCAUCUAGGAAGACUCAGCACCAGUGACCUACAGCUGGGGGUGGGAGGGAGCAAACUGGACACUGCCAUCUACUACCCAGGCUUGGAGGGGAGCCUCCAUGGGUGGGUGGACCUCAGGACCUGGAAUCUGAGCGAGUGGGUGACAGAGGGGAGUUGAGCCAUCUGCACUGUUGCAAAUCUGAGCCAGAGUUUGGGACCAAGCCCCCUGCUUUUUAAACUUAAUGUGGACCUCAGUAUGUGGUGGGGUUGGGUGAUUACCUCUGGCUCCUGGUCCCAAAUCUGUUUACACAUCAAUCUGCCUCAAUGCUGUUCCGGGCUUGGCCCAUAGUCAUGUUUACAUGAUUUGAUGUGCAAUAGGGAGGGGUAGAACAGGGGAUGGUCUUGGCUGGGGGCAGACUUGGGAGGCAGGUUGUCUCCUUUGCCUUGGCCCAGCAGAGUCUAAGCACUGAGCUCUUCUGGAGGGGCUUUGGACAACCAGAGAGGCCGCGAACAUAGGGAGGAAGAGGCCGGAACCAUCAGCAAUAAAGUUGAUCCAGGGUUUGCUUUUGUUUUUUU